AUGGGAGACGUGGACCCUGCUUUCGUCCAAGACCCAGAACACAGGCCAAAGCUCUCCCCCAUCCAAGUCGACGGAAUUCCCAUAGUUGACCUCUCUCCAGUAACCAACCCAACAGUUUCAGAUCCAUCUUCCAUUGAAGGCUUAGUGAAGGAGAUAGGGAGUGCAUGCAAGGAGUGGGGUUUCUUCCAAGUAAUCAACCAUGGGGUGCCCCUCUCUCUAAGGCAAAGGAUUGAGAAAGCUUCAAAAUUGUUCUUUGCUCAGACUCUGGAAGAGAAGAAAAAGGUUAGCAGAGAUGAAACCUCAAUAAUUGGUUACUAUGACACAGAACUCACCAAAAACGUCAGGGACUGGAAAGAAGUCUUUGAUUUUCUAGCCAAAGACCCCACUUUCAUUCCUGUCACUUCUGAUGAACAUGAUGAUCGAGUCACUCACUGGAUUAAUACAUCCCCUGAAUACCCUUCAAACUUUAGGGAUAUAUUAAAAGAGUAUAUUCAAGAGGUGGAAAAGCUGUCCCUUAAGUUGUUGGAGCUUAUAGCUCUGAGCUUAGGUCUUGAGGCAAAGAGGUUUGAAGAAUUUUUCAUCAAAGAUCAAACUAGCUUUAUUCGUCUCAACCACUAUCCUCCAUGCCCUUACCCUCACCUUGCUCUUGGUGUUGGUCGACACAAGGAUGGUGGAGCCUUAACCGUCCUUGCCCAAGAUGAGGUUGGAGGACUUGAGGUGAAACGCAAAACAAAUCAAGAAUGGGUUGGAGUGAAACCUACACCAGAUGCUUACAUAGUCAAUGUUGGAGACAUUAUUCAGGUUUGGAGCAAUGACUUGUAUGAGAGUGUGGAACACAGAGUGAUGGUUAAUUCUGAGAAAGAAAGGUUUUCCAUUCCCUUUUUCUUCAACCCUGCACAUGACACCGAAGUCAAGCCUUUGGAGGAGAUGACAAAUGACCAGAACCCUUCGAAAUAUAGGCCAUACAAAUGGGGCAAGUUUCUUGUUCACAGAAAGGGAAGCAAUUUCAAGAAACAAAAUGUGGACAACAUUCAGAUUUAUCACUAUAACAUAGCAUAA